UUCACUUUCUCAGCUGAAACGCGCAUCUGUUAAACUCCAGAUCUGGUCCGGACCGGUUCGGCAGGUUCUGAACUCGCAUCUGGCUAAAGAAAAUAAAGAAACUGGUUCAACGGGCGGAUCUUAAGGAAGCGGACAGCGGGAUGGAGCACUCUAAGAAGACGAUGUACGGCUCGGGAGACAGGAGGGACUCCUCCGCGGACGGCGGCGCCGUCCUCAACGGACACUUUGACGGGAUGGUGAAACGGCCGGCGGUCGCCUCGCCGGCGGCGGAGCCCGGCGCCCACCGGGCGACCAGCUCGGUGAUGGAGAGCUGGAAGGAGGAGCGGACCCGGAGCCUGGAGGACAACGAGAUGAGCCUGCCGUCGCUGGCCGCUGCCUACACCACCAUCCUGCGGGGGCUCGGAGAGGAUCCGCAGCGGCAGGGGCUCCUGAAGACUCCCUGGAGGGCCGCCACCGCCAUGCAGUUCUUCACCAAGGGAUACCAGGAGAAAAUUAUCGAUGUGCUGAACGACGCGAUCUUUGACGAAGACCACGACGAGAUGGUGAUCGUCAAAGACAUCGACAUGUUCUCCAUGUGUGAGCACCACCUGGUGCCCAUCUUUGGCCGGGUUCACAUCGGUUACCUCCCUAACAAACGGGUUCUGGGUCUGAGCAAGCUGGCCAGGAUUGUUGAAAUCUACAGCCGUCGACUACAAGUUCAGGAGAGGUUGACCAAACAGAUUGCCGUUGCCAUCACCGAGGCCCUGCAACCCACCGGGGUCGGAGUCGUUGUCGAGGCAACCCACAUGUGCAUGGUGAUGCGAGGCGUCCAGAAGAUGAACAGUAAAACCGUCACCAGCACCAUGUUGGGAGUCUUUAGGGAAGACCCCAAAACCCGUGACGAGUUCCUGACCCUCAUCCGAAGCUGAAGACGAAGAAGCUCUUCCUCCGGUUACCUCCACCUGCUCGGCCCGCCUGCCGUGCCGCUGUGUGUGUGUGUGUGUGUUUCCGUCUCGCCGAAGUCAGUGAAAGGCGUUUACUCCUUGUUAUUGUUCACUCUGUCGACCCGAUGAGCCGGAGCGUCGCCUCAAGGCCGCCGACUGACCCGAUUAUUCUGACAGAUUUUACCCUGCAGUUUUUUUAGGAUGUUCGCUGGCCACCAGACACCUGAGCUUUUCCUAAAAACUGGUCCUCCGAACAAUUUUCUUGUAGCAUAACUUAUUUUUUGCAUAAUUUCAACAUAAUCUAUUGCUACAAUGUAGCUUAUUUGUAGCUUUAAAACCUAGACAUAGUUUGUAGCAUGCUACAUACUAAUUAUGCUAACUAAUUAACCACACUACAUGCUAAUUUAGUUCAAUAUUGACUGUACUGCUUGCUAAUUAUGUUAAUUUUAAUGAGCUUAAUGCUGUCCUACAUGACAAUUGAGGUACAUGCUAGCUAUGCUAAUGUGAGCAAUGCUACAAGAAAAGUAUGCUGAAAUUUUUACCAUGGGGCCAAUUUUUUUUAAAUUAUUAUUUAAAUUGCUAAAUUUAUUUUAUUUGAAAAAUGAUAAGUAGUUGUCUCCUUGGACUAGACCCUUCUCCCUGGUGGUCACGGGGCUGCUUCUGUCAAAGCCACCUCUGCCAGGGCUACAAUGUAGCUUACCACCAUCAGUGUAUGAAUGCAUGUGUGUGUGUGGGUGUGUGAGAGAGAAUGACUGAAUGUAGAGUUGAGCGCUUUCUAGUCCUCUGGACUAGAUAAACAUUGCACAAGUACAGGCCACUUACCAUUUGUCUGGAAUUUUGCACAUGUAUUUUCAUCAACAAGAGUAGGAUAUCACAUUUGUUUUUCUUUUUGGCCAAAUUUAAUUAAUGGCUGCACCAAUCUGGUUUUCAAUGAACAUAAUAGGAUGUUUUGGUCCUAUUUACUUUCAAAUUAAAUGAAAAAAAAAGAUUAACAAAAGAUAAAUACUUUGUGUUGUACCUUACAUUCUCCAUUUUGCGAUUUUAUUUGUAUUUUUAUUUAAAUGCUUCCCAUCAUUAAGAUUUGACCCCACCACAAACAUUUUCUUUUACAUGUUCAUCUGCAUCGACUGCCUGAGUUAGCAAACCAAACUUAAACCAUUCUUGAAUUGUGGUGGAGGGCCACACAAAAUCAUCCCCAGGGUAGACAAUGGCCCGCGAGCCACACAUUGGACAUCCCUAAAUUAGGUAGAUAAUAAUAAAAAUUUUGUCUUCUGUAAAAGAUUAAAUUAUGAUGACUUCCUAAAGGUGAUCAGUGUAAAUAAUUCAGUUAAAAUCUAUUUUGCACUAAUUUGUAAUAUACCUUUGAAACGGUUCAACUUCAGCUGGUUACCUGCUAACUGUGCUACAAGCUAAUUUCUAUAUCAGCGUCAGAACAUUUUCACAUUAAUCUUUAAAAUCCUACAGAUAAUGUUGAGACAAGCCGCCUAACCGACAAGCUGCCUAACCUCUGAAAUGUCUGAGGCUUUAUAAUCCCCGGGGAGUUUUAUUAAGGUUAAAAAUCGCAGCAAUUAUCUCCGGGUGUUAGCAUUAGCACGUUCUGGCUGCUCCCAUUGUUUUAUGGUCUAUUUUGACCGAUUCGAUGUAAUCUACAGCGUUGCUAGGCUGUACGUCUUUUUUGUACCACACAACCAGUUUCAUAUAGAUAAAAAAUAUAUAUACUUGAGAUUUUGACCGAUAAAAAGAGCAAAUUCACAAAAAGGAAGCCACGGCUUAUGUCUGUUAUGUAUUUAACGGUUUUGAAACGAUUCGACUUCAGCUUGUUAUAAGCUAACUGUGCUACCUGCUAAUUUCUAAAUAUAGCAUCAGGACGCACUUUGGCCACAGUGAUAUCUAAAUAAAUAUAUGAAGUUAUCCAAGAUGGGAUUUUAAAAAAAUUAAAAAAUGUUAUUCUGAGAAAAGCAUUGUAAUUUCCUGCCUAUUUAUAUCUUUUUAUUUUUACACAUUAAAUAGGCUACCAUGGUUUACUAUUACUCUGUGGUUCCCUUUUAUUUCUUUACACUUUUUAAAACUCUUAUCUAAACAAAAGCUGAAUUGUUAGAACAAAAAUAAUUUUUAAAGUCAAGCUUGUAAAAGAAAAAUAUCUGAAUCCUUGAUGAAACCAACAUUUCCCCUCGAAACAUAUAUAUUUUUUAUUCCUUUGUGAGAAACUGCCUUUAUCUGCCAACCAGCCUCUGGAUUUAAACCAAAACAGAUAUUUUAUGUCCAUGAAAGGUUUAUUAAAUGUAUUUGUAUGUAUGUGUGUUUUCUUCUCAGUUUCCAUCCUGGUAUUUGAACACUGUGAAGACAAGUUUGUUGUUUUGUAAGUUUGUUGUUUUGUGUCUGUGCACACCAGUGCUUCAUAAUGUCCGCUCUCUGGCUUUAAUGGUGUAACUGGAAGAUGAAUGCUAAGAAGAAGAAAAAAACGCUUUAAGUGUUUCUGUGGCCUUGUUUAUUUGUUGUGCUCAUUUUAAAGACUUUUUAAUCAAAGAUAAUAAAAGUAUGUGACGGCAGAGAGUGUGUGUUUUAAUAUAAAAAAUGUUAUUCCUGAUUUACAUGUUAAGUUUGUGAAAUAAAUGACCGUUUACAACC